AUGGACACAGCAGAGGGCGGCACGCACUGUCAUCUGUCUGUCCAGCGGUCUGGCGGCGUGGAUGGAUUAAACACCGCAGAGCAAGGGGGACAGGCUGUAUUAGGCAGUUGGACAGUAAUAAGCCUUCUUGGAAGUUUAACGAGUUCAGCCGUGAGUCAGCCGCCCUUCCAUAAGCGGUCUAACCUCCCCUUCGCUCCUUCCCAAACCAACUCCCGACUUCCUUCCUCUGCCAACGCGUUACUCGAUUCGGCCUGCCCUUCGAUCUUCGCAAACAUCAUUCCUCUUUCGGCCAACCCGCCCAUAUCCAUCCCAUCCCCAUCCCAUCCUCGACGGCCUUCCGCUGCUCCCACCGCUUCGCAAACCCCUACCGUCGCCAUGGCUGAUAUCACCGCCGUCGCUGACGAAAACCCUUCUCCCUCCCAGGACGACCUCGUGUCCGGGGGCAAUGGUGGUGGUGGUGGUGGUGGUGCUGCUGCUGCUGCUGCUGCCGCCGCCGCCGCCGCCGCCGCCGCCGCUGAGAAUCGCACUACUAAACGCCCUCGCAUCAGCAACGCGGCCGAUGACGAUGAUGAUGAUGAUGAAAAGCCUGGCCGUGAGCGCCGGAAGAUAGAAAUCAAGUUCAUCCAGGAUAAAUCGCGUCGCCACAUCACUUUUUCCAAGCGAAAGGCUGGCAUAAUGAAGAAGGCAUAUGAACUGUCCGUCCUCACGGGCACCCAGGUCCUGCUCCUGGUGGUAUCCGAAACAGGUCUGGUUUACACGUUCACCACUCCAAAACUCCAACCGCUCGUCACCAAACCAGAGGGGAAGAAUCUCAUCCAGGCAUGCCUCAAUGCCCCAGAGCCUGCCAGCGCAGAGAACGGCGUUGAAGUACCCGAAGUCCCCACGGAAGCUUCAGACGAUGUCAGUCACGCCAAUGUCGCGGGCCAACAGCCCAAUAUUCCCCGUCCUGGCGCUAUGCAUCCCGGAUACAUGUCCAGUGAGCAUCAGCAACAAAUUGCAUAUUACCAAAACCUCCAACAACAACAGCAGCAACAAGCACAGGCCGGAGGUCAGUAUACAGGUAUGCCAAUUGGUGCACGCCUACCUCAGCAACAUCAACCUGCUGCAUAG